AUGGAAAUUGAAAAGCUUCAUGCAAACCCAGUGAACUUGCCCCCACAAGUACUAAAAGGAGGACAAUUGCUUCAAAUUAAUGGUGUUACAGCAUCACAGUCAUUUGAAGUGAGUAAAUUGAUAGAGGCUGAAGUAUUGGACAAUUGGACAGACCCCCAAAUUCUGUGUAGGCAAAAGGGUUCAUCCAUUAAAAGUGAAUUGGGGCCGUUUGGUCUGCUAGUUUUUGCUUCUGAGGGAUUGCAAGAGUUCACAUCAGUUUUCUUCAGAAUAUUCAAAUACCAAAAUAAAAAUUUGGUGCUCUUAUGCAGUGAUCAAAGCAGGUCUUCCUUAAAUAAAGACAAUGAUUUGACCACUUAUGGAGCUUUUGUUGACGUGGAACCUCUUCAUGAACAGCUUUCAUUGAGAACACUGACUGAUCAUUCUGUCGUAGAGAGUUUUGGAGGAGAGGGAAGAGCUUGUAUCACAGCCAGAGUUUACCCCACAUUGGCGAUCAAUGAUAAAGCACAACUAUAUGCUUUCAAUAAUGGCACUGCUGAUGUUAAUAUUACAAGACUGAAUGCUUGGAGCAUGAAGAAAGCACAAAUAAAUUGACACUAAGGAAUUUCAAAAAUACAAAUGACGAUUUACAGUGUAUACUUACAAACUAUCUGCAUUCAAAUGUCUCAAUAAUUUUUUUUUAUGUUAAUAAAUAUGUCAUCCUCUUAA